GACAUCCAAUUCCUUGCACACGACCCUCUCAUCCAGAAGACACGGGAAAUGAGAGCACAAAGAAAAAAAGAUAAAGAAGGCACAGUCGAAGAAUGAAAAUCUGAAAGUCAUGUCUUUGUUGAAAAAUUUCCCGUCAUACAGGUUGGAGAGAAUCGUACUGGAACGAUACGGUACUUUCCGUGAUGCUUUGUCAGACCUGGACGAUGCGUUGAAUAUAUUGUUUAUGGUAUCUAAUCUCACUUGUACCUCGGUGAUAGACAGUGAUAGAGUUAUCCAUUGUAGGAGGUUGUGUAGAGAGUUUCAGAAAUAUGUUACGAUGACUUGUGCUUUACGAAAAGUAUUUGCUUCAAUCAAAGGUCUUUAUGUUCAAGUAGAAAUCGACGGUGUUUUUCCGGUAUUUAUUAUACCUUAUAGGCCUUUUCAAAGUGUACCUAGAGACGUUGACCAAAGAGUUAUCAAAAGCUUCUUAGAGUUUUACGAAUGCCUACUGAGUUGUGUGAAUCGUCACUUGUUUCAUUGGAAAGGCUACUCAUAUCCACCUCAAUAUGAAGAGUCUCUAGAAGAAAAGGGAUUUUCAGUCUUUGACGCCUUCAGGCUGGAGUGCAAGAACAAUGUGUCACAACUAACAGUGUGUGGAACCGAAGACUCAGAUUUCGGUGUCUCCGAUAGUGCAGAGGGAGACAAGAAAGUUGACCAUCCCAAUAGACUUUUGGAGGGUAUGACAUUUUUCCUAGGUCGAGAAGUUCCUUUAGAUCUUUUUGAUUUCUUGAUAAGAUCUUGUGGCGGUAAUGCAUGUUGGGAACUUCCAGGAACGCAGUUUACGGAUCCAAAGGCGAUAACUCACUAUGUAUAUGAUAGGCCAAAUAUUCCUGGAGAUAGAAGAUUAGAUGCAGAAUAUGUACAACCACAGUGGAUUCUUGAUUCUAUCAAUGCCGGUGUAUUACUCCCAAUCUCUCUCUAUUUGCCAGGAGUAUCACUACCACCACAUCUAAGUCCUUUUGUGAAUCACGAGAAUUCAAUAUAUCGACCUCAUUACCAAGACUUCAUUUCAGAGUUUAAGACAUCUGAAGUUACUGCGUACACAGAGAAAGUGAUUGGACAAGAAAAUACGAAAAAGGACAAGUUAGAUACAACUAGCCAAGUCGCUUCUGGUGAUGAUGGUGAAGAAGAAGAAGAAGAAGACAAAAGACAACGAGCUUUAGUGCCUAAUGAUAAACUGGAACCUUGUAAUGAAACUCAAAAUCGAAAAUUGGCAAAGAUGAUGAUGAGAUCGAAAGACAGGUAUCGUUACGAAAGAAUUACGAGAACUCAGAAGAAGGCAAUGAAGACAGCCAAUCGACUCCUUCGUCGCCAGGAGGAGUUGAUGCACUCUUCGGAUUAAAUAAAUAAAGUAUUAUGUCUCGUCAUCAAAACUCUUAGAACACUUUCUUUGUGUUCUGCAAUGACCACAACUAGACAUACUUUUUUAGAUUGGGCUAUGAAAGAUAUAUUGCUUUUAAAUAAAAAAGUAAAACAGAAA